CGAUUCCCUAGAAUCCAUCGUUCCCAGCAAUUGGCAGAACAAACAAAUCUGUUCCACUGCGCACAGUUAAAUUUGGGGAGCAGUAACAAAAAAAAACUUCACUCUCUGAACUCAGCAUCUCCGCUUCUACUGCUGCCGCAUUGCGCCUCGCCGAUCGCCGAUCGCCGCUCUCCGUCAACGGACUGAUGGUCUCUACAGAUCGGUGAAAAUGGCGAGUUUCUUGCCUCAGUUUCAGAGUAUCAAGACAUCCUUCGAUCACGUCGUUCUCGCCGUCGAGGAUGUAAGCGAUCUGUGGCCCAUCGUCAAGAAGGGUUUUGAAGAGAGGUUGCCAUUCAGAAGGGCUUUUUUGAACAACAAGACCCGUAAUCCAGUGCUUGUUGAUGAAUUACCUGCUGAAUAUAUACUGACAACAGAUGCGAGACUACGUAGUCGGUUUCCUCAAGAGCAAGCAUUAUUUUGGUUCCGAGAGCCAUAUGCAACUAUAGUUCUUGUUACUUGCGAGGAUCUUGAUGAGUUUAAGAACAUUCUUAAACCACGCCUCAAAUUAAUUGUGCAAAAUGAUGAACGAGAAUGGUUUAUUGUUUUUGUGUCUAAAGCACCAGCUCACAAUGAUCAAGCCACCAAGAUGGCAAAAAAAGUGUAUGCCAAACUCGAAGUUGAUUUUAGCUCUAAGAAGAGGGAAAGGUGCUGCAAAUUGGAUCUUCAUGGACCUGAUGGACAUUCGUGGGAAGACUUGGAGGCUAAAGUCAUGGAAUGCAUCAGAAAUACUCUAGAUAGACGCAUUCAUUUUUAUGAAGACGAAAUUCGCAAGCUCAGUGAACAGCGAUUUAUGCCAGUCUGGAACUUCUGCAACUUUUUCAUCCUGAAGGAAAGUUUGGCUUUUAUGUUCGAGAUUGCUCAUCUCCAUGAAGAUGCUUUACGUGAAUAUGAUGAGCUCGAACUCUGUUAUUUGGAAACAGUUAAUAUGGCAGGAAAAAGAAGGGACUUUGGAGGACUGGAGCAAGGAGAUGAUCAGGCUACGCUGCUUGACCCUGGGAAGAAAGCAUUGGCUCAAAUUGUUCAAGACGACUCAUUUAGGGAGUUUGAGUUCAGGCAAUAUCUAUUCGCCUGUCAAGCAAAGCUGCUCUUCAAAUUAAGUCGUCCAUUUGAGGUUGGUUCUAGGGGUUAUUCAUUCAUAAUCAGCUUCUCAAAAGCUUUGGCUUUGCACGAGAGAUUGUUGCCGUUCUGUAUGCGUGAAGUCUGGGUAAUAACAGCUUGCUUGGCGUUGAUUGAUGCAACUGCUUCUCAUUAUAAAGAUGGACUGGCAGCAGCUGAUGUUGAAAAGGAGUUUUACCGUGUUCAAGGGGAGCUAUACACUUUAUGCCGGACUAAGUUUAUGCGGCUAGGGUACUUAAUUGGCUAUGGAUCGGAUAUAGAUAGAAGUCCUGUCAACAGUGCUUCACUCAGCAUGCUGCCAUGGCCUAAGCCUGCAGUUUGGCCAUCACUUCCAUCCAACGCUUCAUCUGAGGUGCUUGCAAAAGAGAAGAUGAUUCUCCAAGAAUCUGCACGGCCUAAGCACUUCGGGAUUCAGAGGAAGCCGCUGCCUCUAGAACCGUCAGUACUGUUGCGCGAGGCAAAUCGCCGUAGGGCUUCUCUCUCGGCUGGAAAUAUGCUUGAGUUGUUUGAUGGUCGCCCUUAUACCAAUGAUGGUUCAGGAUCACCGUCUCCAUUGCCUAAAGGGAAUACGCUAUCCAUGUCAAGGACUUUUUCAUCAACGGGGAAUUUUGAAGGUUCAAUUGAUGCCCCUAUGAGACUUGCAGAAAUAUAUGUUGCCGCCGAGCAUGCCUUACGUAGUACAAUUUCUGAUGUAGAAAUGUGGAAAUCGUUAUCCUCGGUUGAGGAAUUUGAGCAAAAAUAUCUGGAUCUUACAAAGGGUGCUGCAAACAACUACCAUCGCUCUUGGUGGAAGAGACACGGAGUUGUCCUUGAUGGUGAAAUUGCAGCAGUCUACCAUAAGCACGAAAAUUAUGAUUUUGCUGCAAAUUUGUAUGAGAAAGUUUGUGCUCUUUAUGCGGGUGAAGGAUGGGAGAAUCUACUGGUGGAAGUUCUGCCAAAUCUGGCAGAGUGCCAAAAGAUACUGAAUGAUCAAGCCGGCUACUUAUCUUCUUGUGUGAGAUUAUUGUCAUUAGAUAAAGGAUUGUUCUUAACGAAAGAACGACAAGCAUUUCAGUCUGAAGUUGUCCGUCUUGCCCACAGCGAAAUGGAGCAUCCUGUGCCGUUGGAUGUGUCCUCCUUAAUUAGAUUUUCCGGAAAUCAGGGACCUCCUCUAGAGCUUUGUGAUGGGGACCCUGGCACACUGUCCGUUAUGCUAAGGAGUGGAUUUCCAGAUGAUAUAACUCUUGAAUCACUCAGUCUUACACUGUCAGCUACUAAUAAUACUGAUGAAGGUGCUAAGGCAGUAAAGAAGUCUGAAGCCAUUGUUCUAAGGCCAGGUCGGAAUAAUAUUAACUUUCCUUUGCCCCCACAAAAACCAGGUUCCUAUGUCUUGGGGGUUCUCACCGGACAGAUUGGUCAAUUAAGAUUUAGAUCUCAUAGUUCUUCGAAAAGUGGCCCGGCGGACACUGAUGAUUUUUCGAGUUAUGAAAAACCAACGAGGCCUAUCUUGAAGGUAGCGAAACCAAGGUCUUUGGUUGAUCUUACCGCUGCUGUUUCAUCUGCUUUGCUAAUGAAUGAAUCUCAGUGGGUUGGGAUAAUUGUUAAACCUAUCGAUUACUCACUUAAGGGUGCUGUACUGCACAUAGAUACUGGCCCUGGUUUGAGGAUAGAGGAUAGACAUGGCAUUGAAAUUGAGAAGCAUGAAGUUGGGUCGCGGAAAACGCCCAACUUAGAUAAUCAACCUGACAAUCUUUCUCCAGUUUCUGCGGCAGUCAAGCAAUUGAUUCCUGAAGAUGGUAAGAUCAGCUUGCCUGACUGGACAAGCAAUAUCACUUCAGUUCUAUGGAUUCCGCUACUGGCUGUUAGUGAUGGACUAGCCAAGGGGACACCUGCAGGUACAGUUGUUCCCCCGAGACAGAAUGUUGUGGAUGGUUUGAGGACGAUUGCUCUGAAACUUGACUUUGGAGCUUCUCAUAACCAGACAUUUGAAAAGACAAUAGCUGUACAUUUUACGAAUCCUUUCCAUGUGAGUACACGUGUUGCAGACAAAUGCAACGAUGGUACUUUACUUUUGCAGGUAAUACUGCAGUCACAGGUGAAAGCCUCACUGGUCAUCUAUGAUGCUUGGCUCGAUCUUCAAGAUGGCUUUGCUCAUGCCGGAAAAGCUGAUGGGAGACCAGCCUCUAGCUUCUUCCCUCUAGUUGUUUCUUCUAAAUCAAGAGCUGGAAUUUUGUUUACGAUCUGCUUGGCAGAUACACUAGCCAAAGACGAAGCAAAGCAAUUGGAUCCAGCUAGUAUAUUAAAUAUCAGAUACACAAUUUCUGGCAGUAGAAAACUCGGAGCUCAUAGCCCCGUAACCGAGGAACUUUCUGAACCUGAUAAUAUUAAGGCAGAGCAUUUGACCUUUAGGAGUGCUCUCGUUUUACAAAGACCCGUUCUGGACCCGUGCCUUGCAGUUGGUUUCCUUCCUCUCCCUUCAAGUGGGAUCCGAGUUGGGCAACUCGUGACCAUGAAAUGGAGAGUCGAGAGAUUGAAAGAUUCUGAGGAAACCAUGCCUUCUGACAACCUUGAUGAAGUGUUAUAUGAAGUCGAUAUCAAUUCCGAAAACUGGAUGGUUGCCGGAAGGAAAAGAGGAUAUGUCUCGCUCUCCUCAAAACAAGGUUCGAGAAUAGAGAUCUCGAUAUUAUGCCUCCCUCUAGUUGCUGGAUAUGUAAGGCCCCCUCAACUUGGUUUGCCAAACGUCGGCGAAACUAAUAUAAGUUGCAAUCCACCUGGGCCCCACUUGGUCUGCGUUUUGCCUUCGCCCCUCAGCUCCUCUUACUGUGUACCAGCGGCUUGAUGAGUUGCGGUAUGUAUCUUUACUGUAGAGUUGUGUUACCUCCGAGUUUUAAGUCUCUUCCAAUACAUGAUAACGAAUUUUGUAGGAUGUAUGAGUUUUUUCCUUUUCCUUUCCCUUUCCCUUCUCUUUUUACUUUUUGUAUUCCGAUUUUUUUUUUCGAAAUUUUUAAGUUCAGCCACCUCGUUGUUGGUGAUAGUCUUCUGUAUGUUCGUUGUUCAUGUACAGAUUUGAGAUUUGACCUAUGGAUAUGUUGUACACAUUGUCUGGCAAAAAUGAAGUGAAAAUAUUGAUUUUAUUUAUUUA